UGAUCAAAAUGAGUGAAGAGUGAGUCAAAGUGCCGUCUUUGAAUUUCGAAGCUACAAAAUGCAAACAAAUGCUUCUCUCCUUCAUCAUCUUCUUCUUGAUUCUCGCAUUACCCUUUAGCCAUUUCAAGUGUUAAGUUUUUUUUUUUCUGCAAAAAUGGUGGAAGAUGAUGAAGGGUAUCAAAGGAAAGCAAAGAUUGCAGUUGUUGCUAUUAUUGUGCUUGCUUCUGUAACUGUCUUUGCUUCUUUUGUUGCUUUUGGUUACUAUUGUUACAUCUGUAGCAAAGUUUCUAAACGACGUCGUAUAAGCCAUAAAGUCGAAGACGCUAGCCUUAACGAAAAAAGCGACUUUGCAAACCUGCAAGUUGUUGCCGAGAAAGGACUUCAGGUGUUCACUUUCAAGCAGCUGCAUUCUGCUACUGGUGGCUUCAGCAAAUCAAAUGUUGUUGGUCAUGGUGGAUUUGGACUUGUUUACCGUGGCGUGCUCAACGAUGGUAGGAAGGUUGCAAUUAAGUUCAUGGAUCAAGCAGGAAAGCAAGGAGAAGACGAGUUUAAAGUAGAGGUGGAAUUGCUAAGUCGGUUGCAUUCUCCGUAUUUGCUUGCAUUGCUUGGAUACUGCUCUGAUAACAAUCAUAGGCUGCUGGUGUAUGAAUUCAUGGCGAACGGUGGCCUGCAAGAGCAUCUUUAUCCUAUCAGCAGUAACAAUUCCAGUGUUGCACGCAUUAGUUUAGAUUGGGAAACUCGAUUAAGAAUAGCACUUGAAGCUGCCAAGGGCUUGGAGUAUCUUCAUGAACAUGUCAGCCCUCCAGUGAUUCACAGAGAUUUUAAGAGCAGCAACAUCCUCUUGGACAAAAAAUAUCAUGCUAAAGUUUCUGAUUUUGGAUUGGCAAAGCUUGGACCUGAUAGAAUCGGCGGACAUGUUUCAACUCGCGUGUUAGGCACCCAAGGAUAUGUUGCCCCCGAAUAUGCAUUAACAGGGCACUUAACAACAAAAUCAGAUGUCUACAGUUAUGGUGUUGUACUUUUGGAGCUUCUCACCGGCCGACUGCCGGUCGAUAUGAAGAGACCUCCAGGGGAAGGCGUACUCAUUACUUGGGCUUUGCCCCUUUUGACGGAUAGAGAAAAGGUUGUAAAGAUCAUGGAUCCGGCAUUGGAGGGACAGUACUCAAUGAAAGAUGUUAUCCAGGUAGCGGCGAUUGCGACAAUGUGUGUGCAACCAGAAGCAGAUUAUAGGCCUCUCAUGGCAGAUGUUGUGCAGUCUUUGGUUCCACUUGUAAAGACUCAUAGAUCCACCUCAAAGGUAGGAAGCUGCUCUAGUUUCCAUUCCCCCAAGUUGUCACCUGCUCAACAUGUAGUUAAUGCAAAUAUGUAACUAUGUAUAAUCAUCAUUUGGAUAAAAACAUGCAUGCUCACUACACAUAGAUUUGUAUGCUUGGUAGUCUAUGGUUUCUUUGUAAUCUUAAAUCAUGUAGUGCCCUUUUGUAGGGAAAAUAUUAUGUAGUCUAUUUUGAAUGUAGGUUUUGCUUAUGUAUGUAAGUCUUCCUUGAGAUAAGAUGAAUAGUUGUUUCAAUAAAUUAACCAUCAUUGAACUAUCACUUUCUCA